AUGGCAGGCAUUUCAUGGCAUUAUGUGCUCAAGUUUAUCAUCACCGGCGAUGCGGCAGUCGGCAAAUCUUCCCUGCUCGUCCGUCUCACCGACCAGCGGUUCCUCGCAAACCCCGACCCCACACUAGGUGUUGAAUUCGGGUCGAAGCUGAUCACGAUCCCGGAGGAGAACAAGAUCGUCAAGCUCCAAUGCUGGGACACGGCGGGCACGGAGUCCUUUCGGUCUAUUACGCGCUCGUACUACCGCGGGGCGGCGGGGUGCCUGCUCGUCUACGACGUCACGAACCGGACGACAUUCGAGAACUGCCGCACCUGGCUCGCGGACGUGCGCGAGCACGCCGACCCGCACCUCACGUGCAUCCUCGUCGGCAACAAGGUCGACCUGUGCGCGGACGAGGGCCGGCGGCGCGAAGUGCCCACGGAAGAGGCCGAGCUGUUCGCGAAGGAGGAAGGCCUGCUCUUCGUCGAGGCCUCCGCAAAGUCGGGGCAGAACGUCCAGGAGGCGUUCGAGCAGGCCACGCGCGACAUCCUCGCGAAGAUCCAGCGGGGCGUCUUCGGCGACGACAGGUCACCUGGGGUGAAGACGUCAAAGCCGAGCAAUAAUAGCCUGACACUGGAUCAGGGCAGCUCCAAGAGUCGAUGUUGUACUUGAUAUCCUUAUCGCUCUCCACCUUGGACGGGACACGUUUGUUGCGGCUGUCGUUGUUGUAUUAAUAAUAUCUUUGUGUAUUCAUCUACUCACCGGGGACAUGUCAAUAUCGAUAUCAGUAGAGUACAUACCGUCUAUAAUACGAGCGUUGUUUGGUGUUGCUCGUGACUGAUGGAUUACACACUAAGCUGUCAGUGUGAGAUAGUGU